GAAAAAAAAUCGAUACCGGGAAAAUCGACACCGUUUUACCGAAAAACACAAACAAAUUCGCACACUAAACGCGAGCACGCGCAGAGCUUCUCGCUAGGCCAAUCAUGGCUGUCCAGUCUCCAUGUCAAUGGUGGUCGUGCGCCAGACCCAGCCAUUCUGAUCCAUUCUCACUUUCUUGUUCUUCUUCAUCAUCAUCAUCAUCGUCUUCUUCUGCUUAUACUUCAUCUUUUCUUCACUCAUUUCAAAGCGCCUACGCGAAACGACAUCGUCUCAUUUCUUGCUCGUUUCCUCGUCCUUCAUCGCCUCCUCCUCCUUCAUCUCCGUCUAAUUCGGGUCUCAGAUUGAGCACUACCGACAAAUUAGAUGUUUCGGGCUCGAAACGCAAGAAACUCAGCAACACUGCGAGGAGGGAGGUUUCGUCAGGUCUUUCCAGUCAAAUCGAGAGUCAGAAGCGUGGGUACCUGAUUUUCAAGUCUUUUUUCGGUAAGAGGUCUCUAUGGCGGAGGAUAUUAUUCGCAUCCAACAAACUCAGAGGCAUAAUUUUGCUCAAUGUCAUAACUAUAGUUUAUGCCAGUAACAUUCCAAUUGUCAAAGAGGUUGAAGCCAUUAUGAGUCCAGCAGCUUUCACAGUUGUGCGUUUUACGCUUUCUGCCAUUCCAUUCAUUCCGUUUGUACUGCAAGCAAGGGGUGAUGCUCGCAUUCGAAAUGCAGGAAUAGAGUUGGGAUUUUGGGUCAGUCUGGGAUACCUCAUGCAGGCGUUUGGACUUCUAACCUCAGAUGCUGGUCGUGCCUCUUUUAUAUCUAUGUUCACUGUAAUUGUGGUUCCUUUAAUUGAUGGCAUUUUAGGAGCAGUGAUUCCUGCUCGAAUCUGGUUUGGAGCUAUCAUGUCCAUUUUAGGGGUUGGAAUGCUGGAAUCCAGUGGUUCCCCUCCAAGUGUUGGAGAUCUUUUAAACUUCCUAAGUGCAGUGUUUUUUGGCGUUCAUAUGUUAAGAACAGAACGUAUAUCAAGAAGCAUUAGCAAAAAGGAUUUCCUUCCCCUUUUAGGAUAUCAAAUUUGCGUUGUUGCUUUGUUUUCUACUAUAUGGUAUCUUGUUGGAAGUUGCUUUGGUGGUUUUCACGAUUCAUGGCCAUCUUCUUGGUCGUGGGCUAUACUUAGAGAUUUGAUGGUUACUUUUCCAUGGAUACCUGCACUUUAUACUGGCAUAUUCUCAACUGGACUAUGCUUAUGGAUAGAGAUGGCUGCAAUGCAAGAUGUAUCAGCCACGGAAACUGCUGUAAUAUAUGGAUUGGAGCCAGUUUGGGGUGCUGCUUUUGCAUGGUUUCUUUUAGGCGAAAGAUGGGGCACCUUAGGAUGGAUUGGUGCUUCCCUUGUGCUAGGGGGAAGCUUGACAGUGCAGAUAUUUGGAUCAGCAAGCGAGUCUAACCGACAAGAACAUAAAGGAUCUAAGAAGGGUGAGAAGGUUCUGGUUUCAGACGAAAAGAAUGGUUUUUCAAGUGCUUCUGUAAUUGUUAGGUCAAGGGAAGAUGCUUCUGAUAUAUUGAAGUAAUACUAGUAAUCACUAAUCACGUGGCCAAGGAAGGAUGCUUGUGAUAUUAUAGGAAUAUCACUAUUAACCCUUCUCUUUGGCCGGUCCUUUAACUAUAGAUAUUAGAUAGAUAUAUUAUUGUAACCAAAUUUGGGUGCUAGUGCUGUCUGUAGGUGCAGUUUUGACUCUCGAGGACCAUGUUUCGUAGGACUCUUCCCCCCCCCCCCCUUGUAAAUAUGGGAAUAAAUGUCUUCAGAGCUAUCUUUUUAGGUCCCAGGAAACAGCAUGGAACUUGAGAUUUGUUGUUCUUGUUCAGUUGUUCCAAUUUCGAGAGCAAAGACGUAUCGGAGUAAUAAGGUAUUACAAGAAUUUUUUUUA